AUGUCCCAUGUCGGCGCUCUGGCGGCUCUGGGGGUCGCACUGACUGCAGCUGCUCUCUUCUCCGCCAUCCACAAAAUUGAAGAAGGACACGUCGGGGUGUAUUACAGGGGCGGAGCCUUGCUCACAUCCACCAGCGGUCCCGGAUUCCAUUUAAUGCUGCCCUUUAUCACUUCCUUCAAGUCUGUACAGAGCACUUUACAAACAGAUGAAGUGAAGAAUGUUCCUUGCGGUACGAGUGGUGGAGUGAUGAUCUACAUUGACCGGAUAGAAGUGGUGAAUUUCCUCAUUUCCAAUGCAGUGUACGACAUAGUGAAGAACUACAACCGCCGACUAUGACAAGGCCUUAAUAUUCAACAAGAUCCACCACGAGCUCAACCAGUUCUGCAGCGUCCACACCUUGCAGGAAGUUUACAUCGAGCUGUUCGAUCAGAUAGAUGAGAACCUCAAGCUGGCUCUCCAACAAGACCUGAAUUCCAUGGCCCCCGGACUGAUCAUCCAGGCUGUCCGAGUCACAAAACCAAACAUUCCAGAAUCGAUCCGAAGAAACUACGAGCUCAUGGAAAGUGAGAAGACCAAACUGCUGAUUGCUGCCCAGAAGCAGAAGGUGGUGGAGAAGGAGGCGGAGACUGAGAGGAAGAAGGCUGUGAUUGAGGCAGAGAAAGUGGCCCAAGUUGCAGAGAUCAAAUAUGGACAGAAGGUGAUGGAAAAAGAAACCGAGAAGAAGAUCUCCGAAAUUGAAGAUUCUGCUUUCCUGGCCCGAGCGAAGGCAAAAGCUGACGCCGAAUUCUACACCUCGCAGAAAACAGCCGAGGCCAACCGGCUGAAGCUGACUCCGCAGUACCUGCAGCUCAUGAAGUUCCAGGCCAUCGCGGCCAACAGCAAGAUUUAUUUCGGGAGCGAGAUCCCCAACAUGUUCAUGGACACCUCCGGCGGCGCCCCUUCCUCGGAGCCCCCUCCAGAAGAAUCCCUUUGGAUCCAAGAUUCAGCAGGAACAGACGAGUCCAACUUUUAG